UUAUUAUUGUUAUUAUGUCCAGUGUCUAACCUUACGAGGAAGGUUCGUUUCGCUCUAUCAAGUGUAACAUCUUGGCAUACCGUGGAUGGCGACUUCGACUAUGAAGCAUUUUGGAGCAACACUGUAGACUUUUUUGAAAAUGUCCCCGGCCCUGUCACGAAACGCAAAGUGGAUAAGCUUCUCGAGUGGUGGACUAGGUAA